AUGUUUAAUACAAUUGUGCUGUUCCCAUUAAUUAAUUUUCUCGUUAUUUUUACACAUUUCUCCAUUGCUGAACAAGACGAUAUUCAACCAAAUAAUGCCCCUUCUAGUUUGAGAGAUUUAAGACGCGCCCCACAAAGAACAGAGGAGCCAAAAUGUGGCACAGCAGAUUUAAGUUAUCAACCUUGUACAAGCAAAACUGUAGCAAACAAAUUGUUUCUUGCUUGUUGUGAACAAUUUGUAGCACCCGAAUGCCACUUUCUCUGUCAAUAUGAAACGGAUCAUGCUGCAGCUAAGAAAUUGAUUCUCCAAUCAUUAAAUUCUCGUUGUGGCCUAAAAUCCCUUUCUGGAGUGCUCUACUGUGCAUCUCAAAAUAGAAACAAUCAGCAAUGCUGUCAAGACUUGGAUUUAAAUUCUCCCCAACUUUUGGUUCCUUAUCUUAAAGUACAAAAAAUUUAUCUUAAAAAGGUCGGAAGUCGCUGUCUUCGAAUGUGUGAUCCAGGAGGAUCCCAACUUGGCCGUUUAACCAAAGACGACGCUACGUGUCUGUAUAAUUGGAACGUGAUAAUGUACUGCCAUCAUUCGGGAAUUCGGGAAAUGUAG